CAAAACGCGCAAAAGCCCCAUCUUAAUUCAAAGAAAUAAGGAGGAAAGAUCCUUUUGCCUUUUAAUGCUCUCUCUCUCUCCUUUUUCUUUUCUGUAAAUCGUGCUCUCUUUUCUUUUCCCUUUCUCUGUCACUCAGCUCACUCUAUAUUCGCUGAAGUGGGUAAAGGAGAAAGGGAGCAGAUAUGAAGCAGCAGAAGCGUGAUAUGGUGAAGAUGAAGAAAUGCCCCCACUUCUGAUAAUGGCUCAACAAAGCAAAGCUUACAAUGCCAACACUACUCUUAAUAUUAGCGCCGGUAUCAGUCUUCUUAACUCUACUAACACCCAGCACCAUCACCACCAAGUCAAGGCAAUGUUUCAUGACUUCCUCGGCAUGAAGCCGGCUAACACCGAUGCCCCUAAGAACGCUGAUGCGUCUCCCUCUGCUUCUAUCUCUGCUGGGGCUGCCUCUUCUGGUGGUGCCCGUGGUCCUCUUUCCACCGCCUCUGAUCUUGCCUCUGAAAGGCAGGCUGGAAAUCAUCUAGAAGGGAUUCCAUUUUAUGGUCCAAGGAGUGAUAUCUCUGGUCCUGAGAUAAGCAACAGAUUAGCAGGAAGUAAGCGAAGUAAUUCGGAUUCUGCCUUCACGGGAUCUACUAGGGAUGGUUUUCCGCAGAUGGGCCAUGACUCGCUUGAAAGCCAGCAUUUGAUGAAGAUGCUCAAGAAUGGAGGUGGAGGAGAGCGACCUAGAAGGUCCAAUGAUGAUGAAGUUUUCUAUAAUAUGCAACCAAUGAGACCAACUUCUGCAUCUCUUAUACUGCAAUCUUCUGCUGGCGGUAGACUUGAUGCCAAUGUUUCCAAAUGGGAUAGGUCUAUUCCCGUGGGAGCAGCCAUACAAUAUCCUCCUCGUGCAGGUCAGUUUGUCCCCUUUAUGCAUCAAGUACCUGCAAAUAAAUUCAGGGACGUCAAUGCUGGUCCAUCAAUCAUUUCUCAAUCAGCUGCUGAUGAAGGAUCUAGAACUGGAAUUAAAGGCCCUGGAAUUUUGAGUUCCAUCAAUGCUGGCAGUGUCAUGUCUGAGAAAACUUCAUCAGGGGUGCUGCCAAGUGGCAGCAAAGCUAAGUCUGGGACACAUAUUUCAGAGCCAGAAUCUUCAACUCCUCCUGGUCGACAGGGUUUAACAUCUGCUAGUCGUCAAAUGACUAUAUUUUAUGGUGGUCAAGCUCAUGUUUUUGAUGAUGUCCACCCCAACAAGGCGGAUGUAAUAAUGGCCUUAGCGGGAUCGAAUGGAGGAUCGUGGUCGACGGCAUACUUGCCAAAACCAACUGUGAGGCCAGGUGGUGAAAGUUACAUGACCAGUGGAGAAAAUGAAGCAGGAAUGGCCACUAACACAGCAUUCCAACGUGAAUUCCGAGGGAGGCUAUCAGGCACUGCUAAUACCACUAAUGGAGUUGGCUUCAGUGAUCGAAUCCCUACACCUACAGCAGGUCAUCAUGGCAGCAUUGCAAUAGGCGAAGAGACGAGAAACCAAGGAGAACCAAGCACUGAAGAUAAAAAGGAGGUUUAAGGCAAAGGGGAAGAGGGUUUUGGGGUUGUCUUGUUUAUAGAGGACUUAUUUGAGGUAUCAGAUUCUUGAUCUGAUGUAGACAUGGCCAAGCUUCUCAUGUGAUUUUAGACUAUGCUUAUUAAUUUUUGAAGUUAAAAUUUCUUUCCUCUC